AGUCCACUUCUACUGAAAUGGCAAGGACUCCUCUAAGCGAAAAUCUUUGUGAAUACGAGCCCGCAUCGCAGCGCAUAGGACAGAAAAUACAAUAGAGACGGUGGGAAAACGAACGUUAGAACACUUUCGCGACUGUCAGUAGUGCUUUCUAAGAUCGACCACGAAACGUUUUCGGAAUCCUCUGAAACUACUUGUGACCAAAUCCAACUGUAUAGUAACGCGUCUUGUAAUUUUAUCAGGAGCAGAAACAAGUUGAUUUAUACGUCUCCAUGACAGCGCAUGACGGUGACGCGAAUUUGAAGCCCCGCCAAGUUCGGGCGAGUUGGGCGGGCUGUGAGCACGCGUGUGUUCUGGUGUAAGGAAGCCGCGACCAAACGCGUUCGGCAGUUCGUGUGUAGAGACCGUGGGGAAAGGGAGGGGCUGUCCGUUACAUGAUGGCUGUCGUGAAAGACAUGUUUACGUAUACUGCACCUGGAAUUAUUUGAGAAUAUGUAUACAUAUUUUUAGAAAAUGAGCGCAAAAGUGAAAUGAAACUGAUUUUUUUUGGUGUUUGUUUUACGUUCACAUUCAUUUUACUAUUAUUAUUAUUUUUUUUUUACUGAAUGAAUUGCAUAGUGCAUGAGCGAGGAAUAAAACCCGCCGGUGCACAGUAAGCGUGUGUAGUGUUGAAGGAGGAGAGUGAGCACGUGUAGACUUGGCCGGUACGACAGCUGGGCGUGCGGGUUGAGGUGGGCCAGGCACGGCGAGGGUUCGGGGUGCUGACACAACCCUCGUCCUAGACGGGGAACCGGAAUGGUGCCCUUCUGCCCUGUCACAGCGGUCAGGAGACAGCUGAGGCCAGGAUGUUAAUCUGUCUCUGACACCAGACCCGGAGCAUGCAGUACUGCAUGAAGACUUGUUAGCGUAAGCGACGACAGCGAGUCGUGCAGACACAGUGCCGAGCAAAACAUAUCAGAGGGCAGCGGAGAUUAGCUUGGGGAAGGUCGCGCCGAGGUUUGGAUGCCCUACCGUACUAAGAGCGCCUGUGAGGUGGCACCAUGUCCUGGGUAGUGGACGUGUCACGGUGCCUUGGCCUCAUGGACGUGGGUUCCCGCGACGUGGGCAGGAGGGGUCCGGGACCCUCGGCGCCCCUGCGACGUCACGCCAAGUCUUCCACCUGGCUGCUGGGGUCGCCCCUCAGCCGGGGGUCGUCUCAGGGAACUGCCGCUAAGAAGCGGCUGCACCGAAGCGGGUCUCGAUCCACGCCCUGCCUGAGCCACGACGUGGUGCCGUCGCCCAAGAAGAAGCAGCACUCAGUGGACAUCCUGGGCGGCCGGGGCUCGCUCAACUCCACGCCAGGCAACUCCAGCGUGGACAGUCUGGACACCGACCCCCCUCACCUGCAGCCCCCUUCGUCGCCGGCGCCGGGCUCUUCGCCAGGGAGGGCCGGCGCCCUCGUCAUGACUUACGAACCACGACCUCGUGCGAACCUGGCCAGGUCGUGCGAGGUCCUGGGGUCUCCUGAGGCAGAGAAGUCGAUCGAUUCUCAGAAGCAGUUUGCCACCGAGACCCCUGCCCGCGCCCGGAGUGUCACCCGCCUGGACUGCAGCGUCAAUUACUCUGACAGUCCGCCUCUAGUGCCACCCACACCCACCAGCGCCAAAGACUCCCCCAGGGGCGUGUUCCUGGAGGCUCGUGACACGCUGGUGAGCCGUCUUCUCGGCGCCGGCAGCCGAGGGCCGCCGCUCCCUGACACAGAGCACCCGACCCGCGUGUUCCGGGCAAGGCACAGGUUCGCCCGCUCUGACCACUGUCUGAACCACCCUCCGCCUCAGCGCCGCGUGUCGCACCACUCCGUCACGAGGAGCCGAGAGCCCUCGGUGAGCGGCGUGGGCGCCAGAAGUCGUUCGGAACACGCUCUUAUCCGACCUUCGUGGUCAGGGAGCACCCAUGGCGACGAGAGGUCCUCCAUCAGCGACUGGUCGGUGUGGGCACAGGACCUGCUGGACUCUCUCCACCAAAUGAACGGCCACGCCACCAGGAAGGCCUCUUCCUCGUCCUGCUUAGCCUCUACUUCCUCCACGCUAACUUCCAGAUCUUCCACUAUGGCCUCCGCUUCCUCCACUGUGUUUUCACAUUCCACGUCGACCUCGUCCACUCGGAUGCCCAUGAUAUCACGUUCGAGGGGCAGUAGCGGAGGCUCAAUAGAUACCCAGCUAUGAUGGUCCUGCUGCCGCU